AUGAAGGGCUUUGCAGCUGUUCUUGCUCUUCUCCUCAUUGCAGCCUCUUGCCUCAAAACUUUCUCUGGCCCAGUUGGACCUGAUGUCCCCAUCUGCUGCCCCUCUUACAUCCACCACAAGCUCCCGUGGAAGCUCAUCCAGCGUUACUACAGCACCAGCACCAGCUGCAGCCUGCCAGCCAUCGUGUUCAUCACAAAGAAAGGUGUCCAGGUCUGUGCCAACCCCAAGGAUCCCUGGGUUCAACGUUACCUGGAGAACUUGGAGAAGAACUGA